AUGGGAGUGCAAAGUUUGAUUCAUUAUGGUAUUGAUUUAACAUUGGUAGCUAUGCUACUCGCAGCUAUACGGCAUAACACGGGCCUAGUGUUUGCUUAUGAUACUUACGACCUCAGCAAUUAUAUUCAUAGGUAUCUAUCUUGGGGUGAAUACUGCUAUUCUAAAGUUGUGUCGUAUGUUAAGCAGUCAGAACGCUUUAGGAAGCAAAGUUCGAUUGAUCUCAGGAGAAGGUUUGAAGAACUAAAAGAUUGA